AGACCAGAUCAUGCGUUAAAAGUUCAGUGGUUUAAGAGAGGCUCGAAUGGUAGACGUGAGCUCAUUAUUCCAUCAGUUAUAUCACAAUCAAAACUAAACGGUGAACAGCUACAGUUCUAUAACCAACCAACUUAUAAAUUUGAUUCAUCUGGUUUAAAUCGGACUCUAAUCAUCAGCAAUAUACUACCAGAUAUAAUACCCUCGGAUUAUCAUUACAAGUUAACUCAAAAAAGUGUUUACUCUGAAGAAUACACAUGUCAUGCUUAUUUAAAUGGAUAUAACAGCAAUAAUGUAUUUGAAAUGAACGACUUCUUAGUUGGAGAUUCAGAAUUCAUUUCAUCACCAUCAUCGUCAUCAUCGCUGUUGUCUUCUGCAUUCAGUUUAUAUAGAAGUGUUAGUCCCAUUUCAACUACAGCACGACUGAAGUUAUAUCUUCCACCGAAAAUUCAUUUUCCACCGAAUAUCGAUGUAAACAGUUCAACAAUUCAAUUAGAAUUUAUUCCUAGACCAAGUAAGCUGAUAGUGAUUGAAACCAGUGCCAGUAUGGAUAUUCAACUACCGUGUGAAUUAGAUAGGGUUGGUAUACCAGCAGCUGAGAUUAAAUGGUUAAGAAAUGGUGAUUCUAUUAAUAUCAUCAACAAAGAUCGAAACAAGAAUAGCAACACAGAGAGAAAUAAAAUAACAGAAUAAAAAAGAAAACAAAAAAAACAACAAAAAGAAACGCACAACAAGAACAGGAAAGACAACAUGAACGCAUUACUCAUUUUACUUACCUACUUAUGUGCUUACUAUGAACAGAUGUAUGACAGUUAAUUUUGAUUGAUAUUAGGGAACAGAAUGCUUCUCAUUAGAGAGUCUGUUGCUGCAUGUAUGUUUGAGUGUUUCAGUGUAUGUUUGUUUGUUUGUUUGUAGCCUGCAUAUUCACGUGUUUCCUGUCAUUUAGCCAAUACAUACAAAACACAAUUACUAACUAGCAAACUUAGAGUCGAUGUUAUUUAUUUACUUACUUCACGUCUUCAUCUGAAUUUUUGGAUUAUUAUUCUGUUAACCGCUUUUAUGCUGAUAAAUU